UUCAUUCGUAAUCCCCAGGAGAAACAUGAAACCCCUUCAAGUCGCCGGAACUUUGAUGCUGCUUUUUUGCUUGCUGGCUGCAGUUAACGCCACACCAGGCAAGGUGUAUAUUAAUGGGAAGUGCAUUGACUGCAACAAGCCCGAUAACGAUGAUGGUAUAAUAAUGCCCCCUGACCAUAAUGCGGCUGGUUCUAUAUCCUACACUCUCACAUCUGGAGCGGUGUUUUUGGGAAUUAUUUUCCAUUUAUUCAGAUAAAUGGCUGUUUUAUUAUUAUGUAAAAAAAUAAAGAUUUACUAAAGCUUGAAUAAAUGUUUGAGAUAA